GUUUAGACGAGGAGCUGGCCUAUAAAGUCCGGCCGUGCUGCUCCGUUCGUCUCAUCCAAAACUGAGAGCCAGUGAGUUUGAAGGAGCUCGGAGCGGCAAAUCAAAGAAGAAGAAGAGUGAGAGAGAGACCAAGAAGGAGGACAACGCGAUGCGCUGUGCCGUGGUGCUGCUGCUCGUCUUCGCGGCGGCGCGCGCCGCCGCGGUCGUCACCGACGGGCUCCUCCCGAAUGGCAACUUCGAGUCGGGUCCGGCCAAGUCGGAGCUGGUGAACGGCACGGUGGUGAAGGGCGGCAAGGCGAUCCCCAAGUGGGAGACGUCGGGCUUCGUAGAGUACAUCGAGUCCGGGCACAAGCAGGGCGACAUGCUGCUGGUGGUGCCGCAGGGCGCCUACGCCGUCCGCCUCGGCAACGACGCCUCCAUCCUCCAGCGCAUCCCCGUCGCCCGGGGCUCCUACUACGCCAUCACCUUCAGCGCCGCCCGCACCUGCGCGCAGGCCGAGCGCCUCAACGUCUCCGUCAGCCCCGAGUCCGGCGUGCUCCCCAUGCAGACCAUCUACGGCAGCAACGGCUGGGACUCCUACGCCUGGGCCUUCAAGGCCAAGCUCGACGUCGUGGAGCUCGUCAUCCACAACCCGGGCGUCGAGGAGGACCCCGCCUGCGGACCGCUCAUCGACGCCGUCGCCAUCCGCACGCUCUACCCGCCCACGCUCUCCAAGGGCAACAUGCUCAAGAACGGCGGCUUCGAGGAGGGCCCCUACUUCCUCCCCAACGCCUCCUGGGGCGUGCUCGUGCCGCCCAACAUCGAGGACGACCACUCCCCGCUCCCCGCCUGGAUGAUCAUGUCCUCCAAGGCCGUCAAGUACGUCGACGCCGCGCACUUCAAGGUGCCCGAGGGCGCGCGCGCCGUCGAGCUCGUUGGCGGCAAGGAGAGCGCGCUCGUCCAGGAGGUGCGCACCGUGCCCGGCUGGGCAUACCGCCUCUCCUUCGCCGUCGGCGACUCUGCCGACGGCUGCAAGGGCUCCAUGGUGGCCGAGGCCUACGCCGCGCGCUCCACCCUCAAGGUGCCGUACGAGUCCAAUGGCGCCGGCGGCUACAAGCGCGCCGUGCUGGACUUCGUCGCCGUCAGGGACCGCACCCGGGUGGUCUUCCAGAGCGCCUUCUACCACAUGAAGGCCGACGGCACCCUCUGCGGGCCCGUCAUCGACGACGCCAAGCUCGUCGGCCUGCGCAAGAAGCCAUCCGCACGUCGCCUCAUGCUCUAAUUAAGCUAGCCCCGCUGCCACGUCUUACUACAAACAAUAUAUGCAAGCACACGGCGCCGGAUCGGAGUGAGUAGUAUUUAUUGCUAGGCUUUUGGUGUGCCAACCGGGUGAGUAUAUGUGUGUGAGUUUGCCGUUGUCCGCCGUGCUUAUACUUGCGGUUGCCCGGCGCUUGUUAUUUUUGUUUCUUUCAUGCCAAUCAACAAAGAAAAGGGUCAUGCUAUGGCUUGGCCUGACGGAGGGUCACAUUAUCAUCA